AUGAUGAUGUGCCGUCUGCUGUGCGCCCUGUUGGUGCUUGCUCUGUUUUACUUCUCUUCCGCGCGAGCUACAGCAAGCGAGGUUAAACCUGAACAAGAAGUUAAUGUAAAGGUUACUGUUUCAGAAGUGCUAAAUGAGCUCGGUGGGGAACAUAAUUCGGAUACGGAUGUUGAUGAAUUACGGUCAGGAAAAACGGCGUCCGGAACGGGACAUAAUGCAAAUGG